AUGCCAACGAUGUCGAGACCUGCACUUGAUGUCAAGGGUGGCACCUCACCUGUGAAGGAGGAUGCCAACCAAGAGAUGAGCUCUCUAGCCUACUCUAACCAGGGGGUGAAAGAUCGCAAAGCAGUAGCCACUCUGCACUACCCCGGGGUAGCCUCGAAUGGAACCAAGGCCAGUGGGGUUUCCACUAGUUCCUCUGGAUCUCCAACUCCAAUAGGCUCUCCUACCACCACCCCUCCCACUAAACCCUCACCCUUCAAUCUGCACCCUGCCCCUCACCUGCUGGCCAGUAUGCAGCUGCAGAAACUUAAUAGCCAGUAUCAUGGAAUGGCUUCAGCCACUCCGGGCCAACCAGGGGAGACAGGGCCCCUGCAAAACUGGGGCUUUGGGGCUCAGAUGGGAGGGACAGGGUCACUCUCUCCUCCUGCUGGUGCCCAGAGUCCUGCUAUCAUUGAUUCAGAUCCAGUGGAUGAGGAGGUGCUGAUGUCACUGGUGGUGGAACUGGGACUGGACCGGGCUAAUGAGCUUCCAGAGCUGUGGCUGGGGCAGAAUGAAUUUGACUUCACUGCAGACUUUCCGUCUGGCUGCUGA